AUGUAUAGUAUGGUAGUGCCACCACCUGUCUCUGGCAGUCCUCCAAGCAAGGGUGGCGCAGCAGGCUCCAACCCAUUGGACAAUCAAAGUGAGACCAAGAACUCUGCGAUCAGCAUGCUCAAAACCAUCUCCAAGUAUCUAUGGCCAAAGAAUGAUCCCUCCUCCAAAGCCCGUAUCAUCGCAUCAGUCUGUCUCCUAUUCGGAGCCAAGAUCCUCACUGUCCAGGUACCUUUCUUAUUCAAAGACAUUGUAAACUACUUCUCAUUGUCCAAUCCAGAGAUGUUGACUGUGCCCUUGGGCAUGUUGUUGACGUUUGGCGCGGUUAGGAUAUGCUCAAACAUCUUCCAGGAGCUGAGGUCGGCUAUCUUUGCAAAGGUGGCACACAGUGCCAUCAGAGACGUCAGCUGCAACACUUUCAAGAGACUGCAUCAGUUGGAUUUGUCAUUCCAUCUCUCGCGCCAAACAGGCUCACUCAGCAGGAUAAUCGAUCGUGGCUCGCGUGCCAUCAACUUCUUGCUCAACUCGAUGCUGUUCCACGUCGUGCCCACCGUGUUUGAGAUUGGUUUGGUCUCGGCAUUGAUGGCCAUGCAGCUGGGCUGGGAAUACAGUGCACUGACGCUCGGCACCAUGGUCGCAUACACCGUGUUCACAUUCCAGGUCACAAGCUGGCGCACAAAGUUCCGCAAACAGAUGAACUCAAUGGACAAUGAGGCGUCCAACAAGAUGAUGGACUCGCUGCUCAACUUUGAGACGGUCAAGUACUUCAACAAUGACAAGGCUGAGAUUGAAAGAUACAACAAAUACCUGCUCGAGUAUGACAAAGCCUCGCUAAAGACCACCAGCAGUCUGGCCUUCCUCAACUUUGGCCAGGCGUUCAUCUUCUCGGCCUCGAUGACGGCCAUCAUGGUGAUGACGGCCAACGGCAUCACGACGGGCGCGCUCACAGUGGGAGACAUGGUGCUGGUCAAUGGACUGCUGUUCCAGCUGUCGCUGCCGCUCAACUUCCUCGGCACGGUGUACCGUGAGAUCAAACAGUCGCUCGUCGACAUGGACCACAUGUUCUCGCUUCUCAACCUCGAGCCCAAGAUCCAGGACAAGCCCACAUCCAAGCCACUCGACUAUAAGAACGGCUCGAUUGCAUUCGACAACAUCACAUUCGGCUACAACGAUGCCAAGAAUGUGCUCAACAACAUUUCGUUCGAGGUGGAGGGCGGCAAGCGUGUGGCAAUCGUCGGCACCAGUGGCUCGGGCAAGUCCACAAUCCUGCGACUCCUGUUCAGGUUCUACGACCCGAGCUCGGGUGCGGUGCGCAUCGAUGGCCAGGACCUCAAGGACGUCACACUAGAGUCGCUGCGCCAGAGCAUCGCGGUCGUGCCACAGGACACCGUGCUGUUCAACGACACCAUCUACUACAACAUCGCGUACGGCAACCCCAAUGCAUCAAAGGAGCAGGUGGAAGAGGCUGCUCGUCUGGCACACAUCCACGACGUGAUCCUCAACAUGCCCGAGGGCUACGAAACCAUGGUGGGCGAGCGUGGACUCAAGCUGUCGGGAGGCGAGAAGCAACGUGUAUCAAUCGCACGCGCCAUCCUCAAGAACUCGCCAAUCCUGUUCUACGACGAGGCCACCAGCUCACUGGACACGGCCACCGAGCAGUACAUCAUGGGUGCACUGCGCGGUUUCUUCAAGAACAAGACCACCGUCAUGAUUGCACAUCGUCUGAGCACCGUUGUCGACGCCGAUGAGAUCAUUGUCAUUGGACACGGCGGUGUGAUCCUUGAGCGAGGCAGUCACCAACACCUCCUGGAGCUCGACGGCAAGUACAAGACCAUGUGGCUGGCGCAGCAAUACGAGGAGACUCUA